GAACAAAAUAUAAAUAGAAAUUCCCCAAUUGUGUAAAAUGGAAUCCCCUAAAUUGGAAAUGCUAAGAUCUGUCAAGGGAAAGGAUAUGCUUUUGUUUGAUGGCUAUCUGUAUCACUAUGAUGAUCGUACAACUAAAUCAUAUCGCUGGGUUUGUUCACGGCGCAAGGAUAACCCACCAUGCCGCGUAAGAAUGCAUACCUCUCUAAUUGAUGAAUGGGACUUGACACGCCACAAAUUGGAAUCGAUUAUUGGAGAACAUCCUCAUGGCCCAGCUGAUGAAGCGGCCAUAAUCAGAGCACGAGAAAAGAAACGUCAGGCAGAUGCUGAGAACCUGCCCUGUACGUUGAGCAACAAGUCUUUGAAAAGGAAAUAUCAAAUGCAAAAGGGAGGAGGAGGAGGGGGCGGAACUGUGGCUAAAAAGACAAAACCCGUAACGGAUGAUGAGGAUAAUGUUUCCAGUAUUGAUGGUAUCAUUGAAAUGGACAGCAGUUUUGAGUUAAUGCCGAAUUCCAAACCUGCUGUGGGCAAUAAAUCUGUGCUAAUGUUAAAAACGGCCAAAGGCUAUCACAUGAUAGCUGUAGACGGCUGUGUAUAUCGCCUAGAUGGUAAAUCUAUGAUAAGUUGCACCUAUCGUUGGAAAUGUUUUCGUUCAAAAGAUCUACAGUGUACAGGACGCAUCUACACUGAGUGUCUGGCAAGUGGCAUGCAUCGUUAUAAACCAUUUCGGGUGGAUGAAAAUGAACACAAUCAUCAGCCUUAUACCGAGGCGAAAAUUGAGGCCCUCAUCCGAAGAAAUAACAUACAGAUUAUCCGUGGCAAAGAGGAUAACAGGAAAGACGGCGAUGAACUCAAAGCCACACCAUAUAAAAAGAAUGCCCAUAGCCUUCCUUUGUCGGCGGCAUAUAGUGGUGGUGAAGGUGUUCUCUCCAUAUCCACAAAUAUAGAACUUCCAGAAACAAAGCAUGGCAGCACCGGCAGCCGCAAAGACAAAGCGGCGGCCACGGCAGCCCAAUAUCGUUAUGUCAAAAAUCCAAUGGAAGUUUUUAAAAACCCACAGCAUGGCGAGGUCAAGCUGUUCUCCUUUUUGCCAUCUUUCAAAGGAAAUCGGGUUCUAAUUUUGGAAAAUAUGAUCUAUCACUUUGAUACCAGGGGUGGACGUAAUGGACGUAUCUAUUGGACGUGUUUUGAUAAAGUUCUGCGCUGCAAUUGUCGUGUGACCACCGAAAAUGUCGGUGAUAAAAUACAAAUAGUUAGGGUAUCUGGUGAACAUAGCCACUCCCAGGAUCAUCGUCAACACAUCGACAAGAGAAUUAAAAAGAUUUUAUCUUUUCGAAAUCAAACGGGAAAGCUGGAAGAAAAUAAUCCUUUUGGCAAUGAUGAUGACGUUGGCGACGAUGCCAAUCCUUUGUUUCAAUCGGAUGAAGACAAUGAUGAUGGGGAGGGAGAUAAGGAGGAUCGGGAGAAGGUUGAUUUUAAGAAACAUAAACCCGAUUCGACAACGGCAGAUAUUUCUGAGCUAUUACGUUUAAAUAAAUUGAAAAAAGAAAAACAAGAAGAAAUUCUAAUGGAAAUUCCGGUAACCACCAAAGGUAAAUCAGAAGAAGAGAUUAUGGAAAUCUCAGAGGGUGUUGUCUUGGCAGAGUAUAAAAAUGAAACAGAUCCAUUUUACGAUACCAUUGAAUAUGUGGAAGUGGAAAGAGUUAAUAAUAGCUCACAAUAUCAACAAAGUGAUUUAUCCUCAGAAGAGUCGGAAGAUCAGAAUCAUAUACCGCUGCCCAAGGCCAGAAGAAUCAAGCACAAAACCAAACGUUCCAUGGAUUACGAGACGGGUGGAGAGGGGGAUGAUACGAAUGAGGAAGAUAAUGCCUUUGGAGAUGACGAAGAAUAUUCACCAUCAACAGCAGCCAAACAAAAAAUGGCCAGUAAUUAUAUUACCCCUACCCGACGUUCCCGCUAUCCCCAUCAAAGCCAUAAUCCCGAUAAUAUUGACAUAACCAAAGUCUCCAAAUUACGUUCAGCCAAGGGUGGUGAAUUGUUGUGUGUCGACGGUUAUAUUUAUCAUUUGAAAAGUACUUCCAACACGACACGUACCUAUUGGUCUUGCAUCAAGUCUAAGGAUCGUCGGCUCAAGUGUCCGGCUCGAGUUACCACCGUCACCUUGGAGGGUAAUAAAUUAACUGUGGAUUAUCUAAGUAAUUCUCAUUCACAUCCAAUAUCGGAGGAUGAUAUUAAGAAGCGACUAUUCAAUGAAUUUGCAAAAUCUUCAAAGAAAUCGUUUAGGGCAAAGGACAUUAUGGAUAAGCCAUUGAGUGAGUUAAAUCCACAAUUUGCUCAAAUGUUAAAGGGGAAGUCCAGAGAAAGCUUAAGCAACAAUGACACUACUGGGGAGUGUGAGAAAACCAUGUUAAAUAUAAAACUUUAUGCUGAAUCAAAUGGCCCACAAUCUUUGGCUGUUCGCAUGUGCUUGCAGGCCUUGGAUAUACCCCAUGAAUUGCACAUUGUAGACCACGUUUCUUCGGAACAUUUGCCAGAGGAAUAUGUCAAGAAGAAUCCCCAAAAAGAAGCCCCUGUUUUGGAUGAUGAUGGAUUUUAUCUAUCCGAAAGUAUUGCCAUCAUGCAAUAUUUAUGUGAAAAAUAUGCCUCCGAUACGAAUCUGUAUCCCAAAGAUCCCAAGGAGAGAGCUUUGGUUAUGCAUCGUUUAUGUUUUAAUAUGUCUUCAUAUUACCCGAAAAUUUAUGCCUACAACCGCGAACGUUCUGAAAUGGCAAAAGAUAGGCUGGAAAAUAUUCUGCUAGUACUGGAAAACCAUUUAAAGACACUGGGUAAAAAAUAUGCUACUGGUGAUAGCUUGACACUUGCCGAUUUGUCUCUAGUUUCGUCGACGUCUGUGCUGCAGGUUCUGGAAUAUGAUUUAUCAAAACAUCAAUUGAUUAGCAAGUGGUAUCAGACAUUUAAACGGGAAUAUCCUCUGCUGUGGGACAUUGCCCAGGAGGGUAUUGCGGAUUCGAAACAUAAUUCAGAGGAAAAACUAUAAAAAAAUUGAAAAUCAUAAAUCCUGGAACGUCGCAUGGAUGUUUCUAUGUUUAUAUUAUUAUUAAGGGGUACGUAGUAGUUAAGAGUGUACAGUUGUAGAUUACGAUAACAUUUUAAAUGUUUAUAGAUUGCAUUGUAAAAAAAAUAAAUUUUUUAAUUAUUUCAAAUAAGGAA